UCCCUCUCUCUCUCUCUCUCUCUCUAUAAACAAGCCAUCGCUCUUCAUCUCCGUUUCUUUCUUUCGUUCCCGUUCUCUCUCUCUCUCUCUCUCUCUUCGUCUUCAACUGAGAAGGCCAUUUCCCUCUCUUUGGUUCUCUCGAUGACAGAUUAGAGAUUACGCUUAAGAAGCAGACAUCGAUGGGAAAGUACAUAAGGAAGGUCAAAACGGCAGGCGAGAUUGCUGUAAUGGAGGUCUCUCAGACAUUGGGAGUCAGCACCAGAGCCAGGACUCUCGCCCUUCAGCGUCUACAGAAAUCAUCUCCGCCUCCUUCCGAUGGGGGAUCCUACUUGCAGCUGCGCAGCCGCCGCCUUCAGAAGCCGACGAUUCUGGUUGACUCGAAGAGGGAAAAGCCUAACCCUAGGCGUAAUGCAAACCUGAAAUCGAAUUCUAAGGCUAAGUCCGGGUCGCGUGGAUUGGUUCAAAAGAAAGGGUCGAGUAGGAAAAAUGUUGGCGAGGUGGUUCAAAAAGGGAAGGUUGAAGGUCAUACCGGUGACGGCAAGGAUUUGGGUGCCGAGACUUCGUUUGGAGAGAAUCGUUUGGAGAUUGAAGGUAGAGAAAGGAACACUAGGGAAUCCACUCCAUGCAGUUUGAUUAGGGACCCAGAUGCUAUACGAACCCCUGGUUCUAGUACUAGGCCCACCAGCUCCACAGAAGCCAAUAGGAGAAGGCAGAACUCAAUAAGUAGACACAUCCCAACAGCACAUGAUAUGGACGACUUCUUUUCUGGGGCAGAAGAAGAACAGCAAAGACAAUUUGUUGAGAAGUACAACUUUGAUCCAGUGAAUGACAAACCACUCCCAGGACAAUACGAAUGGGAGAAAUUGGAUCCAUAGAAGAAGUUGGUAGGCUUUAUCUGGACUUCCUGCUAAUUCUGGGUAUUAGGUUGGGGAUCUAAUUGUAGUAGUAACUGUGAUGGAGGUUUUAUUUCCAUAUUCCAUCACAAAUCUCAAUUUACUUGUAAAGAAAGGGGUAGGGAAGGAAGGUGUAGACUAAAUGACUAAUGGUCUGUAACAUAACAGAGGUGUUAUGAGUUACUGAACAAAAUACAAAUCAAAAGUCCUUUGUCUAACAGAUCAUCAUCAUCUUAGUAGAAAGGUGGGAAGGGAAAGAGACUGGUAGGAGAUAGUGCUAGGGUUUCUUCUGUCCACUUAGGUCAGUGUAGCUGGUACAGUAAUUUUACUUGAGAUCUUCAUCUUCUGUAAUGUAUUUUCCCUCAACUUUUUUUUUUUGUCUAUUUUUGUACUGAAGCAGAUGCUUAGGAAUAAUGACAUGAUCUCUCUUUCCCCCCACCACGUUUGUCUCUUCUCUUAUCAUGUACUUUGCUACUUUUGUCAUUUGCCAUGCAUGGUUCAGUU